CGGCCCAGCUCAUUGGCGCGGUGGCCCCUCCAGGACCUGCACUUUGUUCCCCGCCCCCGCCGCGGCCACCGCCGCCGUCGCCGCUGCCACCGGGUUAUAAAAACCCUCCGAGCCGGAAAAGGUGCGGAUGCUUAUUAUAGACCGACGCGACAUCAGCGCCUUGGGCCGCUUCUCUGCUGCAGCUUUUGGGAACGAGCUCCUCUAAUUGCAUCCACAGCGUCCGUGGAAGCUCUGAGGACCGAGGGAGGGAGGACCCUGCGAAAGCUGCGACUAUCCCUCGGGGCCAUGGACUCGGACGCCAGCCUGGUGUCUAGCCGCCCGUCGUCGCCAGAGCCUGAUGACCUUUUCCUGCCCGCCCGGAGCAAGAGCAGUGGGGGCAGCGGCUUCACGGGGGGCACCGUGUCCUCGUCCACGCCUAGCGACUGCCCGCCAGAGCGGAGCGCCGAGCUGCGCGGAGCCAUGGGCGCGGCGGGCGCGCACCCGGGGGACAAGCUGGGCGGCGGUGGCUUCAAGUCAUCCUCGUCCAGCACCUCGUCGUCCACGUCGUCAGCGGCCGCGUCGUCCACUAAGAAGGACAAGAAACAGAUGACUGAGCCCGAGCUGCAGCAGCUACGCCUCAAGAUCAACAGCCGCGAGCGCAAGCGGAUGCACGACCUCAACAUCGCCAUGGACGGGCUGCGCGAGGUCAUGCCGUACGCGCACGGCCCGUCGGUGCGCAAGCUCUCCAAAAUCGCCACGCUGCUGCUGGCGCGCAACUACAUCCUCAUGCUCACCAACUCGCUGGAGGAGAUGAAGCGACUGGUGAGCGAGAUCUACGGCGGCCACCACGCCGGCUUCCACCCAUCGGCCUGCGGCGGCCUGGCGCACUCAGCGCCCCUGCCCGCCGCCACCGCGCACCCCGCGGCCGCCGCCCACGCGGCGCACCACCCGGCGGUGCACCACCCCAUCUUGCCGCCGGCCGCUGCGGCCGCCGCCGCCGCUGCAGCCGCCGCCGCGGUGUCCAGCGCCUCCCUGCCCGGCUCCGGCCUGUCGUCGGUCGGCUCCAUUCGUCCGCCUCACGGCCUGCUCAAGUCUCCGUCGGCGGCGGCGGCAGCCCCGCUGGGGGGCGCGGGCGGCAGCGGCGGGGGCGGCGGCGGCUUCCAGCACUGGGGCGGCAUGCCUUGCCCCUGCAGCAUGUGCCAGGUGCCGCCCCCGCACCACCACGUGUCGGCCAUGGGCGCCGGCAGUCUGCCGCGCCUAACUUCCGACGCCAAGUGAGCUUGGCCGGUGCAGGCGCGUUCUGGCGAGCGGGGCGGGAGGGGGCGGGUGGGGGGCGGAGGCUGCGGGGAAGCAAGGACUGGCCGGCGCUGGGCCCUGGGAGCUCAGUUCCAAGGAGGAGCGCGGCACCGUGGGCUGGGGGUGGGGGCAAUGGUGAGGACGCAGCAGCCAGGAACGGAAGCAGUGGAGGCGCGCACUGCACAGUGGGGAGUGACAGGGGCAUUUGCUCCGGGACCUGGUUCAACCCCCUCUGGCUUUAAACAGCGCUGCUCGGGUAGACACCGUUUUAUAUGAAGGCACAGCUACGUGGAUCCCUUCCUCCAAACCCCCCUUCCCCCGAAAAAGAGGUGAUUCUAAAAACUGUAGUUUCCCUGCGAACUUGGCCUCACACGGCCGGGGCAGCCCUUGGUUAUACCGGGGAGGAAAGGAGGGAGGGGAGCGUUGGAGAUUUCCUUUCCUGCCUCCUCUCUGGGCGGGAAGGAGACUCUCAGCCACACUCCAGAAGCGGCUGUCCGGGCCUUGCCCUCACGGGUCGUCCCUGGCCCAGGGCCAGGGGUACCAGUUGGUCAGAAGCUGGUAUUUGGUACCAGAAGCACUUACGGUCGUGUCCAAUCUCCACAUGUGGGUAAACCCACAGCUGUCUCAGAACUGUUACCGUUCCUCCCUGUCGCUCCUAUUGGUUUGGGGGCUUGUGGCUUUCUAAUAAAAUCUGCCGAUGUUCCUUUUUCAACAGUAUGAGCAAGCUUUAUAGACGAUCAGAAUAGAACCACUUGUGGAUUGGAAUAACCUAAAACUGUCGACUUUAGGUGCGGGUGUUUUUUUAGUUAUUUUGAAGUAGAAUCUCCCUCCCUUCCCAUUCUUUCCAUCUCUGAGCACAAAGUGACUUGAUUUCUUACCUGACUGGGAGCAGUCAUUUCGGUACCCGAGGGUUUGACAGAACUCAAAGGAUGUUGCUGUGAAUAUAGUUUUGGUUAUUUGGGGAGUUCUGUUGGCUUUUUAGUUUUUUCUUUCUUGGAUGUGUAAAUAUCAAUAACGAGGUAAGUGCGUGCUGCGGAGCUGUUUGCUCACAUGACUGCCAGUCCUACCCCCUCACCCCCCAGUCUAAGCCGGGUUUCUUCUAUAUUGGUUUCUUUUUGCCAGUUUAACACAAAUGACAAACUCCUCCGUGCUUCCUGUCUUCCGCAAACCGCCUGGGCGCUACCGGAGUUGCAAUAUGGGCUUCACGGCGUCUGCACGUAACAUCCCGCCUCUGAUCGCUGCCCCUUGCAGAGAGUGUAUCAUCUGUUUUAUUUUUGUAAAAAGAAAAAAGUGCUAAAUAAUAUUUAUUACUUGUUUGGUUGCAAAAAAAAUGAAAUAAAUGAUCGAGUGUUGAGAUUUUAAAUAAAAUUUAAAGUAA